CUUGUGUUGACUACACGGCACUGGACAGGUUCAUUUACACCACUGUGGCUGUAAUAUUGUCAGCUCAAGGCAAAUAAAAGGCACCUCUCUCAGAAAAAAACAGCAUAUUCAGUGAAUGAAAGAAAAAGAAAGAAAGAAAACCAGAGAAGGCCGCAGAGAGAGAGAGAGAGAGACUGGAGCAAGUGUUCAGACACCUCGUCCAUCCAUCUGUCCAUCCUUAUAAAUGCACUGUGGCUACGCUGUCUGGGAGAAGAAGCCCCGACCCCCCUUCCCUCCUUCCUCUUCCUCCCCCCUUCCCUUCCCUUCUCCAGCAGAGAGUGAGAGAGAGAGCCGGACAAAGACAGACAGCGAGGGCCUCAUGAUCCUGCGGCCCACUGGUCAAAAUUCCACACACACAGGGCAGACAAAGUAGACCUGUGCAGAACUGUGCUGGCCAGUCCCAGAGGCCUGGCAGAGGAGAGCUGUGACCCUCCUGCCCCUGAGAUGCCCUCGCUCCCCAAUGAUGGAGAAGAUCAAAGGACGUCCCCCGUGAACGUGCCGUCUGCACUGUCCAAUCAGAACGGCGUGAAGAGGAAGGUGCGCACCAAGAAGAAGAAAGGCGUCAUCACCGCCAAUGUGGCAGGAACCAAAUAUGAGAUAGUUCGUAUUGCUAUCGGGGAGAUGGCCUUCCAUAAAACGCGAGAUGAGGACGAAACAGCUAACCUCAUCUGGAACGACUCCGCCGUACAGCAUGAGAAAAUCGCUGAGCUCAGGAACUACCAGAGAAUUAACCAUUUCCCAGGAAUGGGGGAGAUCUGUCGGAAAGACUGUCUGGCGAGGAACAUGGCUAAGAUGAUUAAAAUCCAGCCUCAGGAAUACAGCUUCAUCCCCAAAACUUGGAUCUUCCCGGCUGAGUACACUCAGUUCCAGAACUACGUGAAGGAGCUGCGACGCAAGCGUAAGCAGAAGACGUUCAUCGUCAAGCCUGCCAACGGAGCUAUGGGUCACGGGAUAUCGUUGAUUCGGAAUUGUGAGAAACUCCCGGCGCAGGACCACUUCAUUGUGCAGGAGUACUUGGACAAGCCAUUCCUGAUGGAGGGCUACAAGUUUGACCUGCGCAUCUACAUCCUGGUCACUUCCUGUGACCCCCUGCGCAUUUUCCUGUACAACGAUGGCUUGGUGCGGAUGGGCACAGAGAAGUACCACACCCCCAACGAAUCCAACCUGAAUCAACUGUACAUGCACCUGACCAAUUACUCUGUAAACAAACACAACGAGAACUUUGAGCGAGAUGAGACGGUGGACAAAGGCAGCAAGAGGUCCAUUGGCUGGUUCACAGAGUUUCUCCGCUGUAAUGACUACGACGUUGCCAAAUUCUGGGGAGAUGUAUCUGAGCUGGUGGUGAAGACGCUGAUCGUGGCUGAGCCUCAUGUCCUGCACGCCUACCGCAUGUGCCGCCCAGGACAGCCACCAGGGAGCGACAGUGUCUGCUUCGAGGUCCUGGGCUUUGACAUCAUCCUGGACCGCAAACUCAAGCCCUGGCUACUUGAGAUCAAUCGAGCGCCGAGUUUUGGGACCGAUCAGAAGAUUGAUUAUGAUGUGAAGAAGGGGGUCUUGCUCAAUGCCCUGAAACUGCUGAACAUCAGAGCGAGUGAUAAGCGACGGAAUCUGGCCCAGCAGAAGGCCGAAGCGCAGCGGCGUCUCUACGGGCAAGGUUCUAUGAAGAAGCUGUCAGCGGGCUCCUCUGAGUGGGAGAAGCAGCGCCUCACGCUGGAGCGGAGGAAAGAGGAACUGAAAGAACGACUGGCCCAGGUUCGCAAGCAGAUCUCCCGGGAGGAGCAUGAAAAGCGUCAUCUGGGGAACUACAGACGUAUUUACCCCCCAGAAGACAAGCUGCUCUUGGAGAAGUAUGAGGGUCUCCUCUCGGUUGCUUUUCAGACGUUCCUCGCUGGGCGAGCAGCCUCACUUCAAAAGGAAAUGAAUAAUCCUCUGAAACGAAUGAAGGAAGAGGACAUCCUGGACCUGUUGGAGCAAUGUGAGCUGGACGAUGAGAAGCUGAUGGGGAAGACGUCCAGGCAGAGAGGGCCGAAGGCCUUGUCCUCCAUGCCUGAAAGCACUCAGGUGCCCAGGAGGCACCGCGACUACGAGGACACCUCGGGCAGCUGCGAUGGCAGCAGCACUUCGGGCUCGGACGCCGAUGAAGAGGAGGAGAGCGCCAACGACCUCCAGGAGAAGAAGGUUUCCCUGGAGGUGGGAGAGAACAAGCAGAAGUCCUCUGAGCGCUCCAGUCGUGUUCACUGGAAGCCUUCACCUAAGCCAGCAAGAGCGGGGUCAGCAUCUUCUCCAGCUCUUUCGGGACUCAUACGCCGCUCUGUCUCCUGCCCACGAUCCAUCUCCUCCUUGAUCGCCCAGUCUCCCACCAGCGAGGGCAGAGGUCCAGUACUAAAGGGCAGUGGUGGUGUGGCAGUAGCCCAGGCUGCAGCUUCAGCUCCACCCACGCCACCAGUCCGUCCACACACAGCUCUACGCUCACACUCUCUCAGCCGCAACGGCUCCACCCACAGAGUGCCCCACAGCAGCAGUCUGGGCACCAUCCACUCCAACAUGGGAGAGUCCCUGCUGAAUGUGAGGAGUAAGGAGCAGGAGGCGGAGCUGACGCGGCAGACACUGGCCGCGCUGGGGGAGAUGAGGAUCCGAUUCCCAGGGAAGAGUGAGGAGGAAGCGGAGGCAGUCCUGAAUGAGAUUUUGAACAACUGGAAGUAUCAUAAACCAAAAGUGGCUUCUUACUGGCUGGUGAAGUUAGAUGCCACCAAACAAAGAAAGGUCCUGGACAUCGUCCGCACUAACGUUCGCUCGGUGCUGCAAAGAAUCUGGAGGGAACCCGACGUCGACAGUUUACGUCUCUAUCGCCUUUUCAGCCGUGUCUUCAAUCGCCUGCUCUGGAGUCAUGGUCAAGGCUUGUGGAACUGCUUCUGCAGCUCUGGUAGCAGGUCAUCAUGGGAGAGCAUCUUCAGCAAGAGCGCUGAGGUGGUGACGGCACAGGAGCUGCAGUGCUGCCAGCGUUUGGUGCAGCUGUGCCGUGACUGCUUGCUCGUGGUCUACAAGUUUGUGUCCGACUCGCGCGGUUCACUGACCGGCCUGAGCCCUGAGUGGGACGACACCAGUGCUCCCUUGGCUGCUGGACCAGUCUCUUCUCGAGGCUCGACCCCCUCUUCUUCUACCCUCUCGCUCCUUGAAGCAGGUAUCUGCUGCCAGUGACCUCCCAGUUCAUCAUCAAGUGGCCUUCCUCCAGCUUUGGCCGGAGUGUGGCCUCUGCCGCGCCACGCUCACGCAGCCUCUUCACCACCCGCAUGGGCCACUUCUGAUCCUCCGCUGGACCUCUCACUGCCUCCUGAGGAGGAAAAGGGGACCGGAUCCCUCCCUCCACACCUAACCCCCACCCCUUCCCCCACGGGGGCCACGCUAACUCUGGAAGCAUAUGAAAAGGGAUUUGCCAGUCCGCCCCGUUAGCUCGCGUUUGUUGGCGCAUCUGAUGCAGACGAUUAGGCAGUCUCUCUCCCUCCAGCUCGGUUCGUCCCCGUGGAGCUGCUGUAAAAUAGCUGUCUGCCGUACAGUGAUCGCCCUUAUUGAUACUGUAAAAUACCUAUUCACCAUAUUUGGGCUCAAGUCCAGGACUGAAAAAUAAUUCCAUGAAUAAAUAAGUGAAUGCUUCAGUGAAAUUUAGAUGGAAUGGGAUUAGUGCGUAUGCUGUUUGUUAAUGAAAGCCAACCUGAAAUGCUGUUUUUUUCUUUUUUCACUGCGGCUUAUGAUACUUGCAAACAUUUCAGUUUUUCUUGAAAUACGUUUAAGUUUGGCAUAGUGGAGCUUUAAUCUUUGUUCCUUAGUCACUUUAUUCUUAUAGUUUUAUGCAGUUUUGUCCAGAAAACAGUACCUGUAGAGGAAUAUUUUGUCUCUUUCUGAAAGGCCAAAAGCUCAGCUCAAGCAUUUUUUUAUGUCUGGUAUUUUGAGGAGAGUAAAGCUUCCCUUGUUGUUCUACAAGUUGGCUUUUUAGCCAUGUAAUAAUGAGCCAGUCCUAACCUCAGUGAAUGUCGUGUUUGAUAUGCAUCCCUGCAGUCAGACACCUUCAGUCCUCCAGCACGGCAGCCGAUAGCAUUUGUUUGUGCAUGCUUAGAUACAGUCCUUGAAACUUGCGCGCUGUCACAGCUGACAAAGAGGGAAUGACUGCACAUCAGAAAUACUUGAAUUUAUUUAUACUGCUGUAUUUAUUUUAUUUAAAUGUGUUUCGGUUUACACUACUAAUUUAAGAUUUUAAAACAUCUAUUAUAAUUUGUGUUCAUUAAUUAUUAUGAAAUAGUACUUUUUAUUUGUAAUAUAUUAAAGAGUCUUACAUUUAAAGGUAUGGAAAUGAACUGCAGAGCUUUGCUUUGUAUCUAAAUAGAAAAGAAAAAAAAACCAAACUGCCAUGUUUGUGUUUUAGCAGCUAUACCCCUGUAUUUCUUUGGCCCACUUGCAAGUGCCA